AUGAGCGGGUUGGUACAGCAAGAAUACAAGAGGCUGACGGGACAAGAUUCGUCAACACUCGAGGGCCCUCUCUCAGAAGACGCCUUGGCCAACCUGAAGCUCUACAAGUACUCGUCUGUUGACAAGUCGUUUACCUCGCGCUAUGUCCUGAAACACUAUUGGAACGCAUGCGUCGAAUUCCUACCGCUAUGGCUGGCGCCCAACAUGGUGACGCUGCUGGGCUUCUUCUGCAUCCUCAGCAAUGUCAUCCUCAUGCUCAUCUAUGAUCCUGGUUUGACCGGUCUCGCUCCGUCAUGGGUCUACUACAGCUAUGCCCUCGGCAUCUGGGCCUACAGCACCAUGGACAACAUUGAUGGAAAGCAAGCACGCCGCACCGGAACAUCGUCGCCUCUGGGUGAGCUCUUCGACCACGGUAUCGACAGUCUCAACUGCACUCUCGCAUCGCUCCUCGAGACAUCGGCUAUGGGCCUUGGUUCAACACGCCUUGGUGCUCUCACCGCACUCAUUCCCACGCUGCCCAUGUUCUUCUCGACUUGGGAAACAUACCACACCCACACCCUGUUCCUUGGCUACUUCAAUGGUCCUACCGAAGGUCUCAUUAUCGCCGCGCUCAUCAUGAUCCUCUCUGGCUACUACGGCCCUACACUAUGGACCUCUCCGCUGUCCACUCUCUUUGGCAACGAGCAGUUGCUCGGCAAGACCAACUUCCUGGACCUCUGGGCUCCCAUCUUGUUGCUCGGACUCUGCCUCGCUCACAUUCCUGAUUGCGUCAACAACGUAUACAAGGCCCGAAAGGGCAGGAACCAGCCUCUGACACCUGCGCUGCUGGAAUGGGCUCCCAUCUUCCUCUUCACUGGUUCGUUGUGCGCAUGGCUUGGAUCACCUUACUCGCAUUUGCUGAAGGACAACCAUCUCUCCCUGCUCUGUUUCACUCUCUCGCCAGCUUUCGGUCGCAUGACGACCAAGAUCAUCCUUGCCCAUCUCACCCGCCAGGACUUCCCCAUGUGGACAGUGAUGCUGGCUCCCCUCAUCAUCGGCAGCAUUCUCGUCAACCUGCCCUACAUCGGUCUCCCUGGUCUAUCAGCAAGCGCCGAACUCUGGUUCCUGAGAGGAUACUUUGCAUUCGCAACUGUCGUAUAUGCGCGCUGGGCUGUCUAUGUCUGCAACAGUAUCUGCAACUACCUGGGCAUCAACUGCUUGACCAUCCCUGAGGACAAAUGGAUGGCAUUGAAGGCUGGUGCACCUCCAAACCAGAGACCCGAGGCUAAUCGCCUUGCUUCUGGCUCGAUUAGAUUGCAGAAGGCUGGUGCCAACGGUAAGUUUGCUUAG